CACUCGUUUAUUCUACUAUUAGCUCCCAGAGAGAGAGAGAUGGCUGAAGUCGCUCCCGCUCCCGCCGCUGCGCCGGACAAAGCGCCCAAGAAGAAGGCAGCUUCGAGGACCAAGAAAACAGGCCCUAGCGUCGGCGAGCUCAUCGUCAAAGCGGUUUCCUCAUCCAAGGAGAGGAACGGCGUGUCUCUUGCCGCCCUGAAGAAAGCUUUGGCUGCCAGCAGAUACGACGUGAUGAACAACUCUUGCGUCAAGCUCGCCGUCAAGGGGCUUGUUACUAAAGGCAUUCUGGUGCAGACCAAAGGGACUGGCGCGUCUGUAUCUUUCAAGCUGAACAAGAAGCAGACCGAAGUGAAGAAGCCCGCAAAGAAAGCCGCGCCCAAGGGGACAAAGGCGGCCGCCAAAAAUCCCGCCGCGGCUAAGAAGCCCAAGAAAGUAGCGGCCAAGAAACCCGCAGCCAAGAAGUCUCCCAAGAAGACAAAGAAGCCCGUCGCUGCCGUCAAGAAAGCCACCAAAAGCCCCAAGAAGGCCAAAAAGCCGGCGACCCCCAAGAAAGCAGCCAAGAGCCCCAAGAGGGCCAAAAAGCCGGCGACCCCCAAGAAGGUAAAGGCUGUAAAGCCCAAAGCGGCGAAGGCCAAAAAGGCUCCAAAGAAGAAGUAAACUUGUUUCUUAUGUUUUUUACUCCUCAAACGGCUCUUUUAAGAGCCACCCAUGUUUUCCCUUAAAGAGCUGUUUCCUAUUCUGGUAAACAAAAUGAUGACGUCAUGGUGACUUUAGUGG